UAUCCUUGAUGAAUCAAACAAGAAAGGAGGAAGCAUGGGGUAAACAUGGAAGACCUAUCUUGUUAGAAAAUAUAUAAUUUUGAAUGGACAUGUAGAAUAAAUUUGGUUAUAAAGUGUAAUUAUUUUGGACAGUUUUUGUUUAUGAAGUUAGUAAUGGAUAUGUAUUAUAAAAUCAGAAGGGAAUAUUUUGCUUUAGGGUAGGAAUGCACAAUUUAAGAUAUGUAAAUUAUGUAUUUUAAUUUAAAUGUUUUAGUAAUAUUUUAAGUGUUUAUUGUUCAAAAAAGGAGAAUAAUGUUUUUUUUAUAUUAAUUACUCUUCAUUACUAACCAUGAUUAAUAUUUCAGAGCAGACAAGAAGAAACAGAUAUAUGCUUCAAAUGUGAAGGAAAGGUAAAUGAUUAUUCCACAUAUACAUGUUCUUUUACAUUAAACUGAAUAAUCAUUUAUACUAUAUUUACAUUCAGUGAGACAAAAAAGGAUUCAAAAGAAAUUGAAACAGAGAAGAUUCAAAUUUCCAAAAACACAACAGGACAAAGGUAAAUGGUCUUUACAUGUGUAUAGAUUUAUAAUGUUCAUUAUCAAUAUACUAAAUGAUCAUUCAUAAUUCAAUAUUUAUUCAGUGACAGAGAGAAGACUUUGGAAAGAAAAAAAAUCAAGAGAAGCUGAGAAGGCAAAAACUGAGAUUGCAAAGGAAAAAAGAGAUAAGGUAUUACUAUUUGUUCUUUAUAUAAAUUAUUUGUUCAUUAUUAAAAAAAUUCAUAUUUGUAUUAAUAUAUGGUCACAUUAACUAGGCCACAAAGGGAAAUCCCAAAUGUUCCUCUUGCUUUCCGAUCUCCAUACAUGGUCAAGUACAAGGAUUUGUUCAAAGAUGAAGACACAAUGAACAAACUUGUAACAGACUAUGCUUAUAGUGGAAAAGAUCAAAGUGAGCUACUAUACUAUGAUGGAGUGAAUUCGAUCAAUAGGGAAGAGAUGAAAACUCUUGAAGGGGAUACAUUAGUAGUUAACAAUGUGAUCGAUUCAUGGGCAGUACUUCUGAAUCAAAAAAGGUCAAAGAACAAGUUAUACUUUUCAACAUUUCCACAUCAAAUUAUGUAUGCAAAUACAGUGUGUCCUGAAGGAUCAUCAAUGGAGCUUAGAAUUGCAUACUUCAAAGAAAGAAUAACAAAUGAAUUGAGGUUAUACAAAAUCAAGAGUGCAAUUGGAUAUCAACAGUUAAAAGGAUAUGCAGAAUAUUUGAAAGGGUUGGGGUAUGAAGAUGCAGAUUCUAUUGAGAAAUAUAAGGUGGUUUUGCAAAAAAUGAAGUGGAGGAGCAACGAAGAUUACACCAACUGUGGAGUUUACAUUAUGAAACAUAUGGAAACUUUCACUGCUGAUCCCAAUGAAGAAUGGGUUUGUGACCUAAAACCAAACAAUGUGAACCAAAUCAGAAAAAUCAGAGUACAAUACACUGCUGAACUAAUGCUGAAUGAAGGAAACAGGCAGUCACAAAACAAUAGAAGAGCAGCAAGAAGGUUUGCAAAAGCUUAA